AUGAGCCGCGGCAAUGAAUUAGACGAUCUGCUUUUCAAAAGAAGGGAUUAAAACUCAAAGUAGGGAGAAGAUUUGAAAUAGAUUAUAGAGAAUAUUCCUUAUCCUCAUGCAGAUAUAACGAUAACUUCUUAUAGUGAAUUCUCAGAUAACACACCAUAAAAAUAUCUCCAUAAAUUAGUGCACACAGAAAAUACAGAGGUUUAGCCUCAGAAGGUUCGAAGAAAUCGAACUUAAGUGGAUGCUUAUGCAACAGAUAGCGAAGUUGAACAAAGGGAGUUGAAAUCCUUAAAAGUAGAUUAAAAAAGAAAACCUCUUCAAUAACAACCAAUAAAUCAAUAGGAAAUCAAGCCUCCUUUGGUGCCUCAAUAAUAACAACAAUUAUAAGAUUUCUAUGCAUCAGGAGGAUCUUACUUGGAAUCAAUGACUCCAUAACGAAUGAAUAAAAUUGUAGAUUGGUCAAAGUAACAUGUAACACCAGGUGAUGCUAAAAAUAUCUUCCCUUAAGUAAUUGCUCCAAGCAUUGAAUUUUCAAAUGAAAACUCUCUAUCUCUUUAAUUUAAAAAUGUUGAUCCAGAACCUAAGAAACCAUAAAUUCUGUCUCAUUAAAAUCAAAACACUUAAAACUCUCGCCUAGAAAAUAGAGUAUGGGAAAAAUAGAAAAGAUACAUGGAAAACGAAAUAUAAGGAAUGAAGAAGUAAUAAAGAAAAUUAGAGAAUGAAAAUUUAGUAUUAGCUUAAAAGCUUGAAGAAUAGGAAGAGUUGACUAAAUUAGUUUAAGAAAAGCAUAAGGAUUAUUCAUGUUUAGAAAUAUUAAGAGGUAAAUAUCUAGAAGUGGCGAAGUAGUAAAUUAAAUAAUUGAAGUAAUAAUUGGAUUCAAAAGAUUAGAAAUUAAGAGACUUAAAUGAAUAAACAAAAGGAAUGAUUGAAAAUGAAAAAAGAAUGCAGGAGGCCAUAGAAUUAGAACUAAGAGAAUUGCAUGCUUAAUUGGAAAUCAAAGAUCAAAUGGUUAGAGCUCUAAAAAAUCAAUAAAAUAAUGAAGAUAAUGAGAGAUAAAAGGCUUUACAAGAAUAUGAGAAGACCAUGAGUGAUGGCAAUAAAUUUAUUGCUAAAUUGAAGAGCUAGAUUGAAACUUAAAUGAAAGCCUUGGAAGAGAAGGAAUCAAUAAUUACAUCAUAGGAAGCUUAGAUUUAAAAUUUAUAAGUCAGGCUAUUAAAAGAAACUGAGUAUAGAAAGUAAGAUGAGAAAGUAAUUAACGAAUUCAAGUCUAAAGAAGCAUUGCUCUAUUAAUAAGUGACUGGUAAUACUAUACCAGAGGUACAUAAUAGGGCUAUGGAGGAACUAUAAGCAGAGUGCAUCAAUUAAAAGAUCUUGAUUUCUUAGCUAUAAAGUUAAUUAACCUAAUAGAUGUAAAUGUAUCAAUUAUAACACGUGAAUUCCAAUUCUUAUAAGGAAUGUGAGCAAUGCAAGUUAUGCAAAGAUGAAUUAGCAAAUAUUAUAUAAGAAUGUUCUUUAGAAGAGGAGGCUAAAACUAUAGAUGCUACUCAAAGUAUUGCUCAGAUUGCCAGAGAAGUUGUUACUCUAUUGUUAACUAAGCAGAGGGAAUAAAUAGAUCAUGCAUUUUUAUAAUAUGAAGAGUAAAUUAAAGAAUUAACUUAAUAAAUUGAUUAUUUUAAGGAACAAAACGAUGAGGUUAUGUAAGAGAAUCAAAAGAUUUCUGAUUAAAUUUAAAUGGUAUUGGAGAAGAAGGAAGAAUAAGAAUAAUAGAUAUUUGAAGAAUAUGAGAAACUAAGAUAAAUGAAUUAAAAUCUUUUAUCAGAAAAUAAAACUCUUAAAUUAGAAUUGGAACAAGUUAAAUUGUAACUGAGAAAUGAAACUUAAGCUCAUUCUAAUGAAAUCUAAUAAUUAAAAAAUGAAAUUUAAAAUAAUAAACAAUCUCUCUUAUAAGCUAAGUAAAAUGAAACUAAAUUGGUUGUCCAACAAAGCCAAAUGAAGAGCGAAGAAAAGAUGCUGAUUAAUUAAGAAAUGGAAAAUAUGAAAACACUUUUCUAAAACCAAAUUCAAGAACUUUAUAAUAAACUUCACAACUAAGAUGAAUAAAUUUAAGAAUUAACAAAGGAACUAUAUUCGAAAAAAAAAUAAAUCGAUGAAAUGCAACAAUAAUAAUCUUCAUCCAUCAAGAAGUAAAAGAAAGAAAAGGAAUAGAAAGAAAGCAAAGAAUAAACUCAGCUUAAGACUUACGCUUAACAAUUAAGUGAUCUUAAUGAUGAGAAGAGUAAACUUUUAUUAAAAAUCUAACAUUUAGAACAAUAAUAAACCUAUUAAACUAAAAGAUUAGAUGAAGAAAAACAUGAUAGAUUGGAGAAAUUAAAUUAAUAAAUCAAAGAAAAGGAUAAAAAGAACAUAGAUCUUUAUAAUUAAAACAGAACUCUUUAAUCUUUAUAAAAAGAGCUAGAUGACUAAAUUUCAUCAAUGAAGGAUGAAAUUGAAAAGUAAAAAAAACAAAUACAACUAAAAAACUCAGAAAUUAAAUAGUUAUUAGAUUAAAAUAAAUAGUUAUAGGACAAGAAUUAAGAAAUUAACAACAGAUUAAGUUUGCUCUAAUAAUAAAUGAACCAAUUUGAAAGUGAAAUUAAGCAUUAUGAAUAGAGUCCUUAAAUACCAGAAAAAUUAAGAUCUCAAGCUUCUGUUAGAAGCUUUGAUAAAACUCCUCAUGCAGUCAUAGAAUUAGUUGAAGGAUUCAAUCAAUACUAAUAGGAAUUUUAUCAUUUAAAAAAAAUGUUUACUGAGAAAUUAAAGGCCUAAGAAUAAAAUUUAACAUCCCUACAGUAAGCUAAUCAGUAAAUCACUUAAUAAAAUAUUAAAUUGAUUCAAGAAAAUAAUGCAUUAAAGGAUGAAAUAUCAUCAGCUAGUCAUGGAAAAAAUUAUGAAGAUAGAGGAUCAGCCUAGACUGGGGAUUCUCUUAAUAUACGCUCCUUCUUAGAUCAUGAUCAUAAAAAGACCCUCCCAUGCAAAACACCUGAAUAACAUUUUUCUAUAGUUGAAUUAGUUUAACCAGAAAUUAUGUCAAUCGAGGAUACUGUUAUGAUCUUCAAAGAAAUCUUAAGGAGGUCAGUCAAAUCAGUAGAAAUGAUUAAAAUGAUUUGUCCCUUGCCCGAAAUUAAAGAAUUACUUAUGAUCAUUUUAUAAGUAGAAGAAAAAAUGCAAUAACAAAAUUAAACUACUGCAAAUAAAAAAUCUAAAAUCAUAAAUUCUAUCUUGGGAGCAUCAAACAUUAAGAUGAUAGAUUAAUCUAGAAAAAAGAGUGCCUGUGGAGGAAUUAGAGUUAAAUAAAGUCAUAGAAGUGAAACAGGAGUAGUUGAAUUUUACGAAUGA